GUGACCCAGCUUUUGUCAAGCUGCGAGGCUUGUUCGCGUUCGAUGUAGUAUGCGAGUUUCUCUUUGUCGUGUUCGAAAUUUUACUCCCUCUGCGCACGUCGAUGGUCGAGAUCACAGAGGGCAGAGAAUAUGUGGAAGUUGAGGACAUUCAGAGAAUCCUACUUUCGAAACGCCAGUAUUACUUCAGCGUUUUAUCAUUGCUCGGGAACUUGAUUGUAUGAUGCGAGAACUCCUGAUUGAGAACGAUGAACGAAAGAUUAUAAGGGGAAAGUCGACUCUGAAUGGUUCAGGCAUUUGGUAACCUGAAUUUGAUCACAAGGGUUCUCUUCUUGUUUUCCCUUAUGAUCAAAGUCAGGCUAUACCAAAUACCGGAAGCAUACACACUCCUGAUUGAGAACGAACGAAAGAUUAUAAGGGGAAAGUCGUCCCACUUAAGUAUACUAAUGAAGAAGAGCAGCAGUCUGAAGAAGGGGUGGAACGACUACAUUCGCCUAGAUGAAUCGUCAUUCUCAAUCAAGAAUGGCAUCGUUCUUCAUUGAUCUGGGUCGACGUGGGACGUGGGUCCAGAAGUGCUUUUUCGUGGUGUGGAUUGCUCAGAUUUUUGCGAUGGGAGGCAGUCCGGAAGGAGAGAAAACAAGCUUCUCAAGGAGGAGUGGUCAUAUCGCCGUAUCGGCAAGGCGUGUGGGCAAGCGUCGAAUUGGUGUUUGUGAUGUUCUACAUGGUGCACUUAUUUUAAGGGUAGGUUAAAGGUGCUUUUCUUUGUGGCCGUUUCUUAUGGCCCUCCACAUAAGGGGGACAGCCAUAACUAGCGGGAUAAACGAACACCAACAAGAACCUACCUCUAAUUAUUCGCGGUGGCAUGGUUCUAUGUGCUGUAUGAGACGGAUAGGGGCAGCACUUACGCAUGCGAUGAAGUGGAAAGACCGAUAUGGAAGUACUAGCUUUGGUCAUGGCUGCUCGUGCUUCUCUAAAAAUAAUGUCUCUGUAAACGUCGGUUAUGGAAACUGGAUUUCCUUUGUUCUUGUGAAGUCAGUCGUUCUACAUUGAUCCUUGCUAAAAACAAUAGUGAUAGGUUCCUGCGUUCUUACAUACAACUUUUCUACACAUCACGUCGCCAACCAACAACAAGGUUCUACAUCCUCGCUCUUCGCGAUGCUAUUCUCCUUUUCUCCGCUUCGCCACCGAAUAGCAUGAUAGACCGAGACGACGAUGUUGGCAUCGUCCUCUGUGUGACUCUUCUCCGACCUGUCGGUGCCUUUUAUGAGAGGAAAAAGCCUACGCAUUUACUCAUCAAGGAAGAGCAAGAGAACACUUUUCUACUUAUAAUAAGUCAAUAUAAAAAAAUCAAGAAAAUCUUCUUGGAUUCUUGAGUACAACGACUAGAUGAAGCUAGGCACCUUCUCAGUAGGAAAGAAGAAGAACUGUCUCUUUUCUCGAGGACGAUGAGUGCGUUUUUUCCUUUCAUACUUCCGCUGAAGCCGUCAUCUUCGCCAGAGUUGUGCUGAUAGAACAACGAAUGAUGAUUCUGAAGUCCAAAACCAUGGAACAACAAGCGGCAAUCAAUGCAGCGAUGACGCAAAUCAAACUGCCGGAGAACUUGCAUAAGAGGAUAAACAUGUACUCUAGCAUCGCAUUGUUCUUGUUUUCACAACUCUAGCAUCGCAUUGUUCUUGUUUGUACAACUCUAUGAAUAGUUCUGGUAUUUUUAGUAUAGCCUGAAUUUGAUCCUAAGGGUUCUCUUCUUGUUUUCCCUUAGGAUCAAACUCAGGCUACCAAAUACCAGAACCAUUCACUCUAGCAAUGUGCUUGAUGUUCUCGCUUUGCACCUUUCAUUGCGCCUAGAAGGUUCUUAUCUGUCAACGUCUUCUCCUCUUAAAUAAGAAGUCAUUGUUGAUGUUCUUCUACUUCUACAUUUACGUUUUGAUGUUGCUUCGCAGCUUAUUAAUAUUUAUGUACUUAGUUAAAUUUCUCACAUGUUGAUGUGCUGCCGCCAGGUACCACCAAUUUCUGGAGAUUCAGCACGAUAAGCAGGCCUGCGACUUACUCUACAACACAUCCAGUAAAGCUCUUGCGCUGGAAAUCAAGAUUUGCCUUUUUGCACAGUUGAUCGAAAAAGCGCCGUUCUUUCGGGAUUUGCAUCCGAGUGGGGUACAACCUAUGUAUAAUUAUGUGGUGCACGACUAGUAAUCUUUCCUUUUUUGUCUCCUUUUCCUCUUUUAUGUGGUAUGUAGUUAAUUCCUUACCAUGAGUUCACCUCUACUGUGUAAGUUUGGCUUCGUAAACGGCCAGUAAGGGUCUCGAGCAAUGGCUCCUGCUCCUCCCGGCUUGCAGCAGCGUUGGUGGAUUAGUAGAGUAGUCUCAUUCUCAAACCUUACAUACUUACUCGGCUGAGUAGUUCUUCUCAUCACGGUUCUUAUGAACGAAUGGCUAUUUCCUCUUUUUCGAGUGCAGCUAUUUCUGAGCCUGCUAAACCUAGUAUUUCCCAUUCCCCCCACCGCAUCAACAAAUAUAAGAUAAGUAUAUAGAAACACUGAGAUGAUGAACUGCUAACAGUAACAGGUAGGCGAAAUCUUGGACAACUUUGAAGAAGAAGUUUUCUCACCGGGUGACUACAUUAUUCGAUUUGGGCAGGAAGGCUUUGAAAUGUACUUUAUCCUUCGUGGCCUCUGCGACGUCGUGGUCAUCCGCAAAAACUCCAUGCAGCAAGCCGGUCCAAACGCGCUGCCAUUAUCAAGAAACAAGCUCGUCGUGGCACAGAAGAGGGAAGGUACUUAUAUGCACUUAUAAAUAUGAUUAAUAUGAGACCUGCUGAACUGUUCUCGAUCUCGUCUCCUGCUUACUGGCUUUGAAAAAUUGACUUUGAUAUUGUUUCUUCUGGUACUCUAGAUUGUACAGAUCAUAAGUGCAUAGUAGUACAGAUCAUUCUCUACGACGAAGAGACGAUUACGCUUUUAUCUACGUGUCAUCUAUCAUGCUUGACGCAGCAAACAACAAGUAGAAUUUGAAUUUUCAUAUCAGAAUUAGAAUUCUCUCGAGAAGAUAUGAGUCAUAUCUUCAGGUGACUACUUCGGAGAAACGGCUCUAGUCCAGAAAGGGCAAAAGAGGACGGCGUACGUCAGAGCCCAGACCUACACUGUCGCAGAAAAGCUUACCGCGGAUGCGCUCAACAAUAUCGUGAAGAAAAAGUGCUUCAGCGCCUUUAGUUCUAUCAUAGAAAACACGACUGUUCCAUUCUCGACGAAAACCAUCUUCCAUACAAUGAAGAUAUUAGUGCGAAACACCAUAAAAAUUAUUUGUAAUGAGCUCUCCACUGCGAAUGCCGUUGUUACUACAGAAACAAGAUCUUGCUGGGCUAGUCUUUGCGAAUGAACUGCAGUUUUUAAUCCUUCUACGAAAGAACUUAAUACGCACGACUAGACUAUUUACGACUAACGUACUAACGUUGUACUAACGUAAUAUAUUAUUAAACAAGAACUUUUCAACAGAUUUCCGGAAGCCUACGCGCAGAUCGUUUAUCGAAUUUCGCAGUUUCAUCAAAUCGCGCCGACAAAAGAACAAAAAGAGGAAGUCGUGCUUUUAAGGGAGCCAUCGCUAGACUUGUCAGCGGCUCCGGAACAGAGUUCGUCUUUCCUCAUGAAGUCUGAACCCCUUAGAGGAUCAGUAGCCGUGCGCAGGUCAGCCAGUGGCUCGAUGGGAGGAGGAGCCAUGCAAAGUGUUAGUGUAGGAGCAGGGAUCAGUGGUGCUGUAGGGGCAGGCGUAGGCGGUGGCAAUGCAGCAAGCAUGAACUUUGGAGCUGGAAGUAUGAAUUUUGGAGGCUUGACAGGUCCGCAAGGUGGCGGGCCGCUGGGACUUCAGCAGCAACAUAGUUUAAUUAUGAGUUGAUACAACAAUCCGUCUCCAGAAACAUCCUGAAGCCACUUCUCAAGGACUUUAUUAGGGUGACCCUGACCACGUCUAAUCUCAGAAUGGAUUAGGGUGACGCCCAGGAUGUAGCAUCUCAGGAUGGAUUAGGGUGACGUGGUCUAAUUUAAGUGCGGGAGCUUCUUUUGCUAGUGGUGCUAGCUCUGCGGCGAUCUAUAAUUGGCAUCAACGAGGAGCUGGGAUUCCGAGUAACAGUGGAGCUGGGGGUGUAGGAGGAGGAGGGCUGGGAGCAGGAGGACUUUCCGGAGGUGUUCAAUCUGGUGUGUCAUCAUCUUCUUCACUAGUUAACCUUAACAAUACAACAGCUUCAUCCAUGAACAACAACAUCAAUAUUUCAAGUACAGCAGGCUUAAUACAGAUGAAUAGUCCGCCAGCCGCACAUGCUGUGAGCGGCGGUCCAACUCCUGGUGCGUCACUAGGUGGAAGCCAUGUCGGCGGAGGCGUUCCUUUACCGAACACGUACUUACCACACAGCAGCGGACAAAAUCUAGUGCCUUCUGGCGGGUCAAGUAGCGAGCAACUUGCUGGGACGGCAGCAAGACCGAGGAGCAGCGCGCCGCCUGUUAUUCUUGGUGGUGGGGGAGUUGCGGCUGGGAAUAGUAUCGGUGGAGUCUUAGCAACAUCAGGAGGACUUCAAGCAGGAGGAUUAGAUCCGUCUUCAGGACUCACUUCGAAUCCAGGAGGUGUUAACACGGGGGAUUUCCCAAGUAAUACAUCACCGUCCUCGCUUGCCGUUGGGGUGGACGUGAGUGCUGCCCCAAGUUUCCCUGCCCCGGAACCUGCCCCAAGUUCCCACUCACAAUCACAUGAACCAACACCCUCAACAUCAGCAGUGUCCUCAAACCAAACCGGGAAUACAGCAAUCGCUUCAGCGAGUAACAUAAUCAACAACAGCACGCUAUUACAAGUCGCACAAGCUGCGCCCCCAGGUGGUGGAGAUACCCCCGAGUUCAUACCGAGUUCGAGCACGAUGACAAGUGCGUUCAGGACAGCAGCUACAGCAUUGUCAACUUCUUCAGUGCUACAACAAGGUGGAAGCACUGGAUCCACAUUGGAGGCGCCAGAUGAUCCAGGAAACGACCCUUUACAACCAAGGUCAGGCAGUUUUGCUGGUGUCUCUUCCCCCAGUGGCAGACCACGCAGCCUUUCGGCAGUCGUUCCCCCAGUGGCUCAACCACAACAGAUACAAGAACAUGAAAUGCAUCUUGUGCAUCAGGGGACGAGCGGAGGAGGUGCGUCAGGAGUGUACAACAACAAUCAGCCACAACAUCAACUACAUAUUAACUACCAAACAACUAGCACAUUAGGACCACUACAACAGCUACAGCAGCAUCCGGAACAGUCACCGCCUUCAGGAGGAAUGAGCUCUCACGGAGGGGGAGGUAGAAUCUACGGAGCCGGAGGAGGCGGAGCGACCUCAAGUGGCGGAGGAAACGCGAGGCAACAUACAACUGGUGGAGGCGGGGGAAGCCAGCAACAUGGACUCCAGCAACAUGGAGGUGCUUCUAUUAAGGCAGUAGAGGACUACUUGUGUCCAGGAACGGGAAAAUAAUUGAAUUUUCGUGCUGAAGUUUCUCCUCCUUGUCCUCCUAAUCCCAUCCACUCCUCCACUCUCAGAGUUAACAAAUAAAGAGAGAGCACAAGUCAAGUCCCCCACUAAUAACCCCACUCCUCUACGCUAAAGUACGAACAAGUAGUCAUUUUUAUGUAGUUGAUUAAGUUGGUCGCCCCCUCUCUGUUUCAUCCAUCCAAACCUUAGGACAGACACACCAACACACAAAAAUAGAAUACUUCUUGUAAAUAGAAUACCUACUUCUUCUAAUCCUUGCAGCUCUUCCACUGACGCUGGCUUGACGCACCUCCUCUCGGAGCAACACAUCCGCGGCAGUAGUGAUUUGUAUUCCACGACCGACUUCUUAAGGUCUUCGAUGGCCGCACAACAGGCAAUAGACCCAGAAGCAGAACAGCAAACUGCGAGCUCGCGGUCGCUUUUGGAAGCGGCGAAGAUAGGGACACAAUUGAAAAAAAUAUUUCGUAGAAGGUCGAAAAGUCCGACGGACAAUGGGUAAACGCUUAAGAAAUAGAGGUAGAGCUUCUUAAAUUUCUAGUUGUAGAUCAUCGUUAUCACGUGUGUUCCAGAGACAGACUGAGUACUAAUAUUUACAUAGUUACACUACUUUUUAGCAGAUUGAGCAGAUGAUUUGCUGAAGACCUCUUUUUCGCUUUAGAUUGGUACUAGAAUAGAUCAAAUGUUGUUGAGAAGAUAUUUCAUUUUCUUUGAACGUCGAUUUGCUAGACGAUGUCGUGACUUGUUUUUUUUUUUCAAUUUUAAGCUGCAGGGAAUUCAUUCCUCGUAAGUACGUGAUUCCUCUUGUUCUUUUUGAUUUCUCUUGCGAUAGAACAACUAGUGGGAUUAUCUGCAACAAAAGAAGGCGACAGAAGUAUGCCCUGUCUUCGAAGUUAAGUUACCUUUUAGAACAAUACGUUAGCCGCACGCUAUGCUUGACUUUUGUGUAGGCAAGUAGAUAUCGAACAAAUGCAACCAACAAGAUGAGUAAGAAUGCUAUCGUGCGAGUGCGUCAAGGUACUGAGACUGCAACGAAAAUCCUCAUAGGGUUUAGAGUAGUACGUAGUAAGUUAUAAUGUCAAUGAAUUUGAGACAAAGCGCAGCUCCAGUCGCUCGUACUGCACUUCUGAGUAGAAAAGUGCUUUAGCGAAAAAAAUGCUUCUAGUAGUCGCCAGUCAGAAAAAUGCAACUCGAGUAGUUAUGCAAGUUUCAUACUGUGAAAAGCGCUCCUGCUCCUCAAUGCAGUGAAAUGAUAACGCCGAUUGUUCUUGAGACCUUUCCGAAUCCGACUCACAUGCAGCGUUUUGUAGAUGAAGAAUCACCAUCACGUCGUAUAUGAAAAAUGGUAUCUAUUUCAUCAUGAUGGUGCAUAAUAACAACCACUUAUGAAGAAGAUUCGUUGUAGUUGAUCUUCUGCGAACGCGCAUACAGCAAACAUUUCUGCCACACGACUCUUUACAAUAGCAAUAAGAACACAAUAAAUGUGAGACAAAUGCUCGAAUGAUAUUCAAGGCUGCAGCGAAUAACAAUG